GGGGACACUGAGACCCCCGUCGCCCACCGCCCUCUCGCUCCCCAGGGCGAACCCGGCAUCGCGGGCUUCAAAGGCGAGCAAGGACCGAAGGGCGAGACGGGCCCCGCAGGACCCCAAGGUGCCCCCGGGCCGGCUGGUGAGGAAGGCAAGAGAGGAGCCCGUGGGGAACCUGGUGCUGCCGGCCCCGUGGGCCCCCCCGGAGAGAGAGGUGCUCCCGGCAAUCGCGGCUUCCCCGGGCAGGACGGGCUGGCUGGACCCAAGGGUGCUCCGGGUGAACGCGGCCCCGCUGGCCUCGCUGGUCCCAAGGGUGCCACCGGUGACCCCGGGCGUCCCGGAGAGCCCGGGCUGCCUGGAGCAAGGGGUCUCACCGGCCGCCCAGGCGAUGCUGGACCUCAAGGCAAAGUCGGCCCGACCGGCGCUCCCGGUGAAGACGGCCGCCCCGGCCCCCCCGGCCCUCAGGGUGCUCGUGGGCAGCCCGGCGUGAUGGGUUUCCCCGGUCCCAAAGGCGCUAACGGUGAGCCUGGAAAAGCCGGCGAGAAAGGACUGCCCGGUGCCCCGGGGCUGCGGGGUCUUCCUGGCAAGGAUGGUGAGACAGGAGCUGCCGGCCCCCCCGGACCUGCCGGUCCCGCUGGCGAGAGAGGAGAGCAAGGAGCCCCCGGUCCCUCCGGCUUCCAGGGACUUCCCGGGCCACCAGGUCCCCCCGGGGAGAGCGGCAAACCCGGAGACCAGGGUGUUCCCGGAGAAGCUGGUGCCCCCGGUCUCGUCGGUCCCAGAGGCGAACGUGGUUUCCCCGGUGAGCGUGGCUCCCCCGGUGCACAAGGGCUGCAAGGUCCCCGCGGGCUCCCCGGCACGCCGGGCACCGAUGGACCCAAGGGUGCCACCGGCCCGGCCGGCCCCAACGGCGCCCAGGGUCCCCCAGGGCUGCAGGGAAUGCCUGGCGAGAGAGGAGCAGCUGGCAUCGCCGGCCCCAAGGGUGACCGGGGAGACGUCGGCGAGAAGGGUCCCGAGGGAGCUCCAGGAAAGGACGGCGCACGUGGUCUGACAGGUCCCAUCGGUCCCCCCGGCCCCGCUGGCCCCAACGGCGAGAAGGGUGAAUCCGGCCCCCCCGGUCCAUCUGGCGCUGCCGGUGCCCGCGGUGCCCCCGGCGAGCGUGGCGAGCCCGGUGCCCCCGGUCCUGCUGGAUUUGCCGGCCCCCCGGGCGCCGACGGACAACCCGGUGCCAAAGGCGAGCAAGGAGAGCCCGGGCAGAAGGGUGACGCCGGCGCUCCCGGUCCCCAAGGUCCCUCGGGCGCACCCGGCCCCCAGGGUCCCACUGGUGUAACUGGUCCCAAAGGAGCCCGCGGUGCUCAGGGUCCCCCCGGAGCCACAGGAUUCCCCGGAGCCGCCGGCCGCGUGGGACCACCCGGCCCUAAUGGUAACCCAGGCCCCCCCGGCCCCCCUGGCUCUGCUGGCAAAGACGGUCCCAAGGGUGCUCGUGGCGAUGCCGGUCCCCCGGGCCGUGCCGGUGACCCCGGGCUCCAAGGCCCUGCUGGCCCCCCUGGCGAGAAAGGCGAACCUGGAGAGGACGGCCCUGCGGGUCCCGACGGUCCCCCCGGUCCCCAAGGCUUGGCCGGACAGCGCGGCAUCGUCGGUCUUCCCGGACAGCGUGGCGAGAGAGGCUUCCCCGGGCUGCCAGGGCCAUCGGGCGAACCUGGAAAGCAAGGAGCACCCGGCUCUGCGGGCGACCGAGGCCCCCCCGGCCCCGUGGGUCCCCCCGGUCUGACAGGUCCUGCUGGCGAGCCUGGGCGCGAGGGCAACCCCGGUGCUGACGGACCCCCAGGCAGAGACGGCGCGGCCGGCGUGAAGGGCGAUCGCGGCGAGACCGGCCCCGUGGGUGCCCCCGGAGCUCCCGGUGCCCCCGGCGCUCCCGGCCCCGUUGGUCCCACCGGCAAACAAGGAGACAGAGGCGAGACGGGUGCACAAGGGCCCAUGGGUCCCUCCGGUCCUGCUGGCGCUCGAGGCAUGCCGGGUCCCCAAGGGCCUCGCGGUGACAAGGGUGAGACUGGAGAGGCUGGAGAGAGAGGGCUGAAGGGCCACCGCGGCUUCACCGGACUGCAGGGUCUUCCCGGACCCCCCGGUCCUUCUGGAGACCAAGGUGCUGCUGGUCCUGCUGGUCCCUCCGGCCCCAGAGGUCCCCCCGGCCCCGUCGGUCCCUCCGGCAAAGACGGCUCCAACGGCAUGCCCGGCCCCAUCGGCCCCCCCGGCCCCCGCGGACGGAGCGGCGAACCUGGUCCUGCGGGUCCUCCUGGAAACCCAGGACCCCCCGGACCCCCCGGACCCCCAGGAACCGGUAUCGACAUGUCAGCUUUCGCCGGCUUGGGUCAGACGGAGAAGGGCCCCGACCCCAUCCGCUACAUGCGGGCGGACGAGGCCGCCGGUGGCCUGCGGCAGCACGACGUCGAGGUGGACGCCACCCUCAAGUCCCUCAACAACCAGAUCGAGAGCAUCCGCAGCCCCGAGGGCUCCAAGAAGAACCCGGCCAGGACCUGCCGCGACAUCAAGCUCUGCCACCCCGACUGGAAGAGCGGAGACUACUGGAUCGACCCGAACCAGGGCUGCACCCUGGACGCCAUCAAGGUUUUCUGCAACAUGGAGACGGGCGAGACCUGCGUCUACCCGACCCCCAGCAGCAUCCCCAGGAAGAACUGGUGGACCAGCAAGACCAAAGAGAAGAAGCACAUCUGGUUCGCAGAGACCAUCAACGGCGGCUUCCAUUUCAGCUACGGCGAUGAGAGCCUGUCUCCCACCACCGCCAGCAUCCAGCUGACCUUCCUCCGCCUGCUGUCCACCGAGGGCUCCCAGAACGUCACCUACCACUGCAAGAACAGCAUCGCCUACAUGGACGAGGAGACGGGCAACCUGAAGAAAGCCCUCCUCAUCCAGGGCUCCAACGACGUGGAGAUCAGAGCCGAGGGCAACAGCAGGUUCACCUACAGCGUCCUGGAGGACGGCUGCACGAAACACACUGGCAAAUGGGGCAAGACAGUCAUCGAGUACCGGUCGCAGAAGACCUCGCGCCUGCCCAUUGUAGAUAUUGCACCUAUGGACAUUGGUGGCGCCGAGCAGGAGUUUGGCGUGGAUAUUGGCCCAGUCUGCUUCUUGUAAAAAGGAUUGUUUUAUUUGUGUGUUUGUUCGUUGGUUGUUUUGGUUUGUUUUUUGUUUUUUUUUUUUUUUUAAAAAAAAAUCCAGCCCAAUACCGUAAAAGAAAACCGAUCCCACCCCAAGGACCCGUCCUUCCCAAUCACUCCAACGACUUCUGCACUGAAUGGCUGGCACGACCCUCGGUCCUCGCGCUUGGGACCCCUGCCUGCCUCCAGCGCCGUCACGGGGCAGACUGCGACAUAAAACCACGGGCUUAUUUAUUUAUUGCCUUCCUGGAAGGCCUAUUUCUUAGGUCGGGUGGAGGUGGGAAUCUAACUGGCAUGUACGACGGCCCCUCCCCGCCAAAGGGAUCUGGCAAAUGCAGGUAUCUCGAAUCCCCCCCCCCCGCCCCUUCCCUCCCCCCCGCGUAUCACCAACAGGAGUGCUAAUGUAUAAUACAACAAAAAUGGUGCUAUUCUUGUAAAACAAGUCUGUAUUUUUUAACAUCAAGUUGAUAUAAAAAAAAAAAAAAAACUUUUGGUGGAAAGUC